CUUUUAUUUUAACCUUCAUAUUAUUUCCAUAGAAAUUCUACCAAAUUAGCAGUCAAAUUAGACAGCAAGAAAAUUUCAAAUUUAUUCAAACCUACUAAUAUGGGGUCAAAAGUGGAAAUUAAAGAGAACAGAUCUAAGCAGAGCUUGAAAGAUGGUACUGAGGAUUUGAAAAAAUCGCCAUCUGAAAAUCUUUCAAAAGAAAAAUCACUAUCACAGACACAAUUAUCAAAACAAAGUAUUUCAACUACUGAUAAAAAUGAAAAUGAUGCAAACGUACAUCAAAAGGAGCCAGAUUUAAAAACCAAGAUAUUGAGUGGAUCAAUUCCUGAAAAAGAACAUUGCACAGUUUUAACAGAGGAAGCAAGUGCCUCAGAUAUUUGCAACUUAGCUGGUCUUCCAGCUUACUGUAAAAUUGUAAAAGCAGCCAUAAAAAUGGAAAAUCAAGAUACCCAGCCCAGAAAAAGUCGUAUCGACUUAGCAUCUUUGCCCACAAGGCAAUAUUUGGACCAAACAGUAGUUCCAAUCCUUAUGAAUGCUCUAUCCCAUUUGGCCAAAGAGAGGCCCCCUGAGCCCAUUGCUGCCCUUGCCGCUUAUUUACUGAAAAAUAGAUCUAAUUUUGAACAAAUUCCCUCUGAAACUAAUUCACCACCUGCUGAACCAGAAACUGCUAAAAAUAAUGUUAACUAAUAUGCAAUUAGGUAUGAACUUUUAUAAUUUUCAAAAGAUAUUUUAUAACAUAUAUUGAUGGAAUAUACUUUAGCUUGUCGGUA